UUUGAAAUACGCCAUUGUUCUUUUUCCUACGGAUUCAACAGCGUCUCUCUUUCGUUUUGUGUUAAUUUCAGAAAUAAGGUCCUUGAUAGAGUGCCUUAAUUGUUUUUAAAUAUUAAAUCAAAUUAAGCCUUACAAAAUGGUUGAUCGUGUUGAUAUGGCUCUGGACGAUAUCAUUAAAGCAACCAAAAAAGGUCCCCGUCCUGGCGGUGGUGCUGGACGUAAAUUCGAGGGAAACCGAAAACCAGGACGCGGAGGUGGCGGCGGCGGCGGGUUCCGAAGUGCCCGCCCCGCUGCUGGCGGCGGUGGUGUUUUGAGAGGAAGAAACAGAGGCGGUGUAUCGAAGCCUACAAAUUACACAAGGGGUGAUGUAAACAGCACUUGGAAACAUGACAUGUACAACACAGACUUCGGAGAAAGGACAGGGAAAUUACAGAGAAGUGGUCCCAUUACCACAGGCCCCACUAAGUUGCUUGUGUCAAACUUAGAUUUUGGGGUUUCUGAUUCAGAUAUUCAAGAACUGUUUUCAGAAUUUGGCAUUCUUAAGAGUGCCGCUGUACACUAUGACCGUUCCGGCAGAUCCUUAGGGACUGCUGAGGUCGUUUUUGAAAGAAGAGCAGAUGCAUUAAAGGCAAUGAAACAAUACAAUGGUGUCCCACUCGAUGGCCGUGCAAUGAACAUACAACUAGCCACAUCUGAAAUAAGCAGUCUCAGAACAGAAGACCGAGGAGGUCGUCUAGGAGGAGGACCUGGUGGACCUAUCAGAAGAAACUCCAAUAGAGCAAAUGGUGCCGGGAGGAACCAAGGGGGCGGCGGUGGUGGCGGGCGGCCGCGAGGCGCCGGGGGCAGACGGGGCGGGCGCGGCGGCGCCGGGGCUGCAGGGCCGCGCGGCAAGCGGCCUGUGCCUACUGCUGAGGAACUUGAUGCUGAGCUCGACGCAUACGUCAAAGAAAUCAAGUGAAACACUAGUGCAAGUGAUUAAGUUACCUGCUAUGCAUGUGGUGAUAAUUGGACACAGACAGUAUACCUCUUUGAAUUAAUUGACAACAGUAAAAUGGUGAACACUAUUGAGUUGGAGAAGUAAUAAUUUUGUUUGACACAGGAAUAGUAAUUAUGAUACAUUAGUAGCUUUUCCUAAAUAAAUAUUUGAUAAGA